AUGGAUAAUUUUUUAAAAUUAUUCCAAAACCAAUUAUAUCAUGAGUCGCUUGCAUUCUGUGUUAUAGAUAGACGUAUGGAUGAUAAAUCCUCAAUUAAUUUAAAUCAAGAAUUUAUAUUUCAAGAAGGAUGUGAUUGGGAAUUGGGUGAAAAUGAAGGGUUUCAAUUGGUUCCAAUAUUAAAAAAAAAAAAGUUUGAAAAUCUAAUUGUUUUGCGCGAAUUUACAAAUAACGAGUUAUUGGAUUAUAAUAAUAAAAAAGAAGGUUACACAGUCGAUCAUGUAGUAUCGUUAAAGGUUGUUAUGAUAGCAUUUAACCAAUAUUUAAUUAAAAACAAUACUAUGCCUAUAAAUCUACAUUCAAACAAACAUCAACAACAUAGUUAUUAG